AUGGAAUGCCCUCCACUCGUAGCAUCCACUGCUUGUAUCAGUCGCUGCUUGAUCACUGCCACCGAUGGCUCAUUUCUCUACACUUAUCGACUCAGGUCCAACGUGCGCAUCCACUAUCACACACGUGCCUAUCAGGACGCCGAAACUCCGCUCCUGCCACGUGCGUGCGAAUGCGCCGAGACUCCGGCCAUACUUGUCACUGCACAUCGAUACGCUCAUGACAUAUAUAAAUACGCCUCCACCCCUUCUGACGUUUGUCAAGCUCGCGCUCAUUCUAUCUUCAACGUUCUGACCUCGCCGCUCAGGCUCGAAUGGGCAACUGACCCCAAGGACAAGAAGGUCACUGUCUACCAUGACGAAUGGGCAGAGGCCACGGUCCAGGUCGCCGAAGCCCCAGACAUCAUGGUUUUGAGCCUGAUCAAAGGGGCUCUGAAGAAGCUCUCCGCGCUCGACAGCGUCGACGACGACCUGCUCUCUCGCAUCGGUACGGCGUUCGGACGCGAGCUCCAAUGGCGCUUCUUGGCGGAGGAGGGAAACAAGAUGACCUGGGAGGCCCAUCUCGCCAAUACACAUUUCCCAGGCUUCCUCAGCCGCGGUGGUCCCGACACAUCGAUGAAUCCCAUCGAGGACACCAGGAAAUGGCUUCAGGACAGAGAGGUGCUCGACGACAUCAUCAAGGAUACGCUGCGAGACCUUCCGAAGAAGCUGGCGCCCGACUCAAAGAACGAUUUGUAUCCCAAGGUGUCAGCGCUCCCCAAACUCUCGGAGCUCCGGGACCUCUCGAGCGAUGGGAGCAUCCCCUCGCCAGCGACGCUCGACGGCUGCUACGCACUCCUCGACGAGAUCAAGAAGCUCUCGAAGGUCACGCACUUCGGUGGAGCUCGGGCAGUUGCGUCGCUUUACAUGGGGAGCAGGAACGUGACGUACAAGCCGUACACCGGCUCGCAGCAUGCUGACUCCACCUGA